AUGUUCCGAUUAACCCACCAUCAGAUUCUGUCAUCUUUAAAACCUGCAUCAAUCAGGGUUCGCCUUUAUUCUAGCAAAGCAUCACUAAACUCGAAUCAAGGCGACCCGCAACUUGACUUCCGCAGCUUUGUGGAGGUCCUUCGCAAAGAUGGAGAUCUUGCCGAUAUUGAUCAGGAAGUUGAUCCCAAUCUCGAAGUUGGGGCGGUUGUGAGAAGAGUUAGUGAAACCAACGCUAAGGCGCCGCUUUUCCACAACGUUAAAGGCACUCGAAAUGGCCUGUGGAAGAUGUUUGGAAACGCUGCCAGCCUUCGAAAUGACAGCAAGUUCCGAUACGGUCGAAUUGCACGUAGCCUCGGUCUUCCCCCUGACUCAAAUUGGAAGGAUAUCCUCGAAAAGAUGCGCCUUGCUACAACUCGAGACCCCUUACCUCCAAAUAUUCUUUCGACGGGCCAAUGCAAGCAAAAUAAAAUCUUUGGAGAUGACAUAGAUCUCACGAAUUUACCGGUUCCGCUGCUGCAUCAAGGUGAUGGCGGCAAAUAUCUUCAAACCUGGGGAGUACAUAUCUUAGAGACACCAGAUAAAUCAUGGACGAACUGGUCUGUCUUUCGAGGCAUGGUCCAUGACAAGAGACGCUUGUCAUGUCUCGUCAUUCCAGGACAACACAACUCUAUGAUCAGGGAUCAGUGGCUGAAACUUGGAAAAGAUGAGGUCCCCUGGGCUUUAUCUCUUGGCGCUCCACCAGCAGCAACCAUUGCUGCAUCGAUUCCUAUACCCCCUGGUGUUUCGGAGAGAGAUUACGUGAGCUCACUCGCUGGAAAGCCACUUGACAUGGUGAAAUGCGAAUUGAGUGAUCUUCUCGUACCCGCAAACAGCGAGAUCAUCCUUGAAGGCACAUUUUCUCUCAAGGACAAGGCUCUUGAAGGCCCAUUUGAGGAUUACAUUGGUAUGCACUUUGAGGGUGAAGCUGGCAAUCAGCCCCUCUUCACCGUGGAUGCUAUCACCUAUCGCGAUGGUGCCAUUCUGCCCGUUUCUGUGCCCGGCCGGCUGACAGACGAAUCGCACACAACGGCUUCCAUGGCGUCAGUCCAGUUACUGGAGGCGUUGCAACAACAUGAUCUUCCAAUCAAAGACGCAGUCGCCCCCCUGGAGACCCUUGCAACUUGGUGCAUACUACAGGUUGACAGUAAGAAGCUUGCCGAGAUGAAGACGAACCCUGAUGAACUCUGCACAACUAUAGGCAACAUAGCCUUCAAUUCUAAGGCAACCAUGCUAAUUAAUCGCAUCUUAUUGAUCGGGGACGACGUGGACAUACAUGACUGGGCAGAUGUCAUAUGGGCAUACACGUCCCGUUGCCGACCAGGUAUUGACGAAUAUGUGUUUGACGAGGUGAUGGGUCUUCCACUUACUCCAUAUCGGAAAUACGGUCGCGGAAGUUCUGUUAAGGGAGGCAAAAUGGAAACCCUGAACGUCUGA